AUGGCUAAGCGGCUUGUUCUAGCUGCUCCAUUUGGACGCUUGCAGCUGGAGGCCUAUGACCCGGCUCCUCCUGGACCUACUCAGAUCCAAGUCAAAGUAUUGGCAACAUCUCUGAAUCACUUGGACUGGAAGAGGAUCAAGAAAAAUUUGUUCAUUCCAUCUUUCCCUCAUGUCCUCGGCAUGGAUAUAGUUGGGCAUGUUGUUAACCCUGGAGAGUCCCGGCGGUUCCAAGAGGGUGACCUCAUUGUGAGCAUUGGAACAGUCGGGUACAGCGACGGAUGUUCCUAUCAAACUCAUGCAUUGGUUCAGGAGGACUCUUGCUGUAAAAUAAAAUCUGAGAUACCGGUGCUUGGACUAUCUACCCUUCCAUUCAGCCUCUGUACGGCUGCUUGCGGCCUCUACCUUGGCUUGGCUUUGGCGAAGGUUACUGACAGACGCAACGUCGCUUCCACUCACGUCCUUAUCUGGGGUGCCAACGGAGGGGUAGGUAAGCUUGCCGUUCAGCUUGCAAAGAUCUCUGGCUAUAGUGUGGUUGCAGUCACAUCAAGCAAUGAAACUACAGCCCAGGCACAAGCCAGAGGUGCCGACUAUGCUUUUGCGAGCUCGGAUCCAGACCUCAUCACCAAGAUCAAAUCCGUCGCACCCGAUCUACGUCUCGCGUUUGAUACUGUUGUCACGGAGGAAACCAUUUCACAGAUCGUGGACUGCUGCCAGAAGCCAGCAACAGUAGCUACUGCAAUUAAGUAUACGGGCGCAGCUAUUGAUGGCGUACAACUAAAUUCAGUUUACAGUGGUGAGAUCGUGGGGAAGACAAUGGCAGGCCAGCCCUCUGUGGCUGCUGUUGAGCUUGGUAGGUGGUUUUGGGGGGGCCUCGAUGACCGGUUGGGAAGUGGGCAGAUCACACCAUUAGAAUUUGAAGCUCUCAAUGGGCUUCAAGAAAUUCAAGAAGGGCUGGAUAAGCUAGAAAGUGGAACUGUACAUAAGAAGUUGGUGACCUAUGUCACCUAA